AUCUAAUCAGUAUAUAUAGGUAGCAUGUGUUAUCUAAGUCACAUUCUGUCAAGUGGUGAGCAUAGCGGGCCGUCAUGAACUCUUGGAUUGUUCUCUUGUUUGUGUGCGGAGCUGUUUCUGCUCACCACGGACAAUACCAUCCUGUACAGGCUUCUCUCCUGAGCUACUCGGCUCUCCCCCAGGUUCCCGUGCAGCAUGUCUACCCAGCGCGAGUUGUACCAGCGGUCGUUCCCGCACUCCAGCUCCCGGCUCCGGUCUAUUCCACCCCACAGUACCCGGCCUCUACCAGUGGCUACGUAGCAACUCCAGUAAGCACCUAUACUCCUCGGUAUCAGGCACCAGUACAAGUCUCACAGCCAGUGUACAGCAGACAAUAUGCGAGACCGGCAGCUAUUCUCAGACAAAGUCAAGACAACAACUUUGACGGCUCAUUUAGUUAUGAUUUUCAGACCGAGAAUGGCAUAUCCGCACAAGCACAAGGGUACCUGAAGAACCCUGGUACUGUAGCUGAGUCACAGAUGAUCCACGGACAGUUCGCCUACACCUCACCGGAUGGAACCCCCAUUGCCACCCGCUACUAUGCCGAUGACACAGGGUUCCACGCCGAGGGUUCCCAUCUGCCCGUAUCUCCCCACGCCCCUCAGGCCAUUGGCAGGUCUCUUUCUUACCAGAAAUCACCUCUAGUCUCAAUCCACUAGAGAAAGUAAUAUAACUCGAAGUUGGUGUUUAGAUGUUUAUAGAUUAUUAAUGUAAAUUAAUAUAUAAAUAAACAUUAUAUUGAAUUUAUUAAUA